ACCCGCCCCUCCCGUUCCCUCAAAGGUCGAGUCGCCAUCGUCACCGGCGCCGGAGCCGCAGGCAUCGGCAUCGGCAACGGCCGCGCCGCCGCAAUCCUCCUAGCCGAAGCCGGCGCCUCCGUCGUCUGCGUCGACCUAAAAGUCUCGCUCGCGGAAACCACAGUCCAAAUGAUCGAGAAAGACAACCUCGGUUCCGGAAUCGCAAUCCAAGGCAACGUGGCCGUCGAAAGCGACUGCAAAAAAAUCGUAGACUUCGCGAUUUCCACGUACGGGAGAUUGGAUAUUUUGGUGAAUGGCGUUGGAGUCGGUGGGGCGAGUGGGACGGCGGUGGAGGUUGAUAUGCUGGCUUGGGCGAAGGGGAUGGAGGUUAAUGUUGGGAGUAUGGUUAUGAUGAGUAAGUAUGCGAUUCCCGAGAUGAGGAGGAAUGUUGGGCAGUGGAGGGGGAGUAUUGUGAAUAUUGCUAGUGUGGCGGGGAUUCGAGGGGGGAAUCCGCAUUUGUUGUAUCCUACUAGUAAGGGUGCGGUUGUGAAUAUGACCAAGGCGAUGGCGUUUCAUCACGCUGAGGAGGGCGUGAGGGUUAAUUGUGUAUGCCCUGGAAUGGUGUAUACACCGAUGAUGUAUGCUGGUGGGAUGUCUGAGGAAGCGAGAGAGGCCAGGAAGAAUCGAAGCCUACUCAAGACUGAAGGGACGGCGUGGGACGUUGGUGCCGCGAUUCGAUUUCUGGCUGGCGAUGAAGCCCGAUGGAUGACCGCCGUGAUACUCCCUGUAGACGCGGGUGCUACGGCCGCAACCGCAGGAUCCGAUAUUCCUAAGGAGGCGAGCAUCAAC